AUGAAUGGUAGUAGUGAUGCUUCAUCUGGUUGUGAGGAUGACACCGAGAAUGAGAUCGAACAGAGAAGCAAACAAACGAGUGCGAAGAAACGCAAGAAAACGCCUAAAAGGGAGCAACCAUUUAUGGACAGUUGGUUACAGCUUCCCCAGUUCAAGAAUUUGCUCGUGAGAAGAUUAGCUAAUGAUUGGAAAGCUAAGUCAUACUGCAAACUUUGUGAACAAAUGUUAACUUGUUCAAAAACCGGAAUUAAACGGCAUGCUAGUAGCAAAAAACAUCAAAGUAAAGAGAAAUUGACUUCAACAACCAUGUCUCUUGGUCAUAUGGUGAAUCAAAUCAGAAAUGAGAACGAUAUUGCAACAUCUAUGGAAGUAAAAAUUUGUGCAUUUAUAGUCGAGCAUAAUUUACCUUUAUCAAUCUCAGAAAGUAUGGUCAGACUUCUUUCCUCAAUGUUUCCAAAUGAUGCUUCCUUAAAGAAAGUCAAACUUGGAAAACAAAAGGCAACCAAUAUUCUGCGUCAAGUUCUCGGCUUUGAUUAUCUUCAGGAUAUGGUAACAUUGUUGCAGUCAAAGAUGUUCAGUAUAAUCAUUGACAAAGCUAUUGAUAAAAGUGCAAAGAAACAACUUGCUAUCAUUGCUGUUUUCUUUGAUUUGGAAAAAUUUGAGUUACAAUAUUGGCUGGUAGACCUAAUUGAGACAGCUGAUGGAACUGCAAAUGGAAUUUAUUCAAAGAUUAAGGAAACAUUCCAAGGAAUGAAUAUUCCAGUUGUAAACAUAGUGGGCUAUGCUUCAGAUACAACAAACGUCAUGUUCGGACAGAAUCAUUCCGUCUCACAGUUGCUGAAAUCUGAAAUCAGUCAUGUUCAAAUUGUAAAAUGCUCCUGUCAACUUAUCCACUUGGUAUCAUCACAAGCAGCUUUAAAGCUUCCAAAAAGUGUUGAAGACCUGUGUAGAGAUAUAUAUGCUCAUUUUCACAGGUCUUCAAAAAGACAGGACACUUACAAAGAAUUCCAAGCAUUUUUUUGA